AAGUACCUGCGCGGAGUCUGGAUGCAGGAGUGUUGUCCGGAUGCAAACAACUUUGCCAUGGUCGCGAUCGCGCCAAUCUCCUAUCAAAUAGCCCAGCUCUCAUGCGAAGCUGCCGAAAGAGAGACCGGACAAAUAGUGGACGUAGCCGUCGUCAACAGUCCAAAGCAAGUCCUGAUCAGCGGAACAAAAUUGGCCGUCGAAAGAGCUACCGAACACGCGAAGUCUGAAAUCAAAAAAAUUCGAGUCACUAAAUUACCUGUCUCGGCACCCUUUCAUUGCAGACUACUUCAACCCUGUAAAGAACAAAUCAAAAGCUUUCUAAUGAACCAGAUCCGGGUCAAGAAUUCAUGCAGACCCGUCAUCGACAACGUCUCUGUCAAACCUAUAGACAACGCGCCCGACAUCGUAUCGGCGUUGACAGAACUCACUACGCAGUCGGUGCUCUACAAGCAAUGUCUGGAAUUCGUGUCCACCCAGCAAACCCCGGCCUGCCCGGAAUUCGUAGAACUAGGCCCUCGCCCUAUACUGACCCCCCUCAUUGCGCAGACGCUAACAGACGCAAACGCGAAAUUCGUCGGGUCGCCCUCUGACCUGCUUCGCUUCGUGCAUCCGCAGCCAAAUCCAUAAUUUUUGGCGCCUGUCCUAAAUAACGGCUUCUUAAGGCCAGUUUUUUUAUUUUAUUUUUUAUUUUUUUUCAAAUCAUUUGCUCCGCCUGUCAUGUCCUGAAUAUGUGCACGCCUCUCUGUCGUUUCGAUGAGCGGGGUCCCAGAUGACAGCCUGUUCGAGCUGGCCUUUCGACUCUACGACCGCCCGCCACCCAAUCAACCUGCUCAGAAAACCAAGGAACCGGCCUCGUCCAGUCCUCUAAGUCUGGCUCUACCCACCACCAGCAGACCCAACGAUGCGCCCCAACCACCUGCUCACUCCGCAACUCUGCCACUCUGCUCACAAGAACAGGCGGCGGCGGCCAAAAGAAAACUCCUGGAGCACUUUUGGCCCCAAGCGCCCAACGCUCCCCCGGCCGAAAAACCCACCCCUCCCGACCAACCACUUGCCUCGGAUAAGGCGCCGCCAACUUCGCGCCUCCCGCGCCUCGCGAGGACCUCCCCCGUCGGUUCGGUCCCGCCAAGCGAAAAGCCGCGUUUGGCCGGAAAAAACGCCCACUGUCGCGAACCGUCAAAAGGCGAACCAACUCAGCUGCCGUCUCUCGAGCAAACUCGUCUGCUCUUCGAGUCCGACGCGCCGUCGCGUCCGGAAUCGCACUCCUUCAAUCCGGACGCCAUAAAGACUUGGUACUAUCCGAGUCACUACGAAAAACGCGACUACCAGUACUCUAUCGUCAAAACCGCUCUGCUACACAACACACUUGUGUGUCUCCCCACUGGCCUCGGAAAGACCCUCAUCGCGGCCGUCGUCAUCUACAACUUCUACCAUUGGUUCCCCAGGAGCAAAAUCCUGUUCAUGGCUCCCGCGAAGCCCCUCGUGAACCAACAGAUAGACGCCUGUCGCGACAUCGUCAACAUUCCAAGCGAAUCCGUCGUGUGUAUGACCGGUCAAAAUCCGCCGGAAACUCGCUCGUCCAUCUGGGCGCGAAACCGCGUCUUCUUCGUGACGCCCCACGUACCCGCCAACGACAUCGCUUCUGGUAUAUGCCCGUCGCGGGACAUCAGUCUGGUUGUCGUGGACGAGGCCCACAAAGCUCAGGGCAACUACUCCUAUUGCGAAGUCAUUCGGCGAAUCUCCGAAACCAACAAGCACUUCAGGGUGCUGGCGCUGACCGCCACUCCUGGGAGCAGUCCCGCUGCUAUCCAAAGCGUCAUCAAAAGCCUGAUGAUAUCCAAAAUAGAACACAGGACGGAACUCAGUCCCGACGUGCGUCCUUACGUUCACUCUACCGACAUCGAACAAGUCCGAGUCCAACUCAAUCAGCCGAUCCUUAGAGCCAAAGCACUGUUGACCUCCCUCAUCAACAAGCCCAUAUCGUGGCUUCAAACCAACGGCGCCCUCUACAGGCUGAAGCAGGGCGAAUCCUUCACCUUCAACCGAAUCGAAGCCGCCCGAAAGACGUUCAGGGCCAAAUCCCCCGGAAUCAAAGACUAUCACUUCAAAUCGAACGUCGAGGCCCACUUCGCGGCCGCAAUGACCUUCCACCAUGGCCUGCGACUUGUAAACAACUACGGCCUGAAACCCUUCAAAGAAUGGGUCAACACUCAAAGCGAUCGACCGCUCCGCGAAAAAACCAGCGUCUACUUCAACGAACUCAUCAAAAGUGUCGAAUGGAGCCGUCUGUACGUGUACGUCAACGAAAUACCCGAAUCAUCCAUGUCCCAUCCGAAAAUGGCCCCCCUCGAAACCCUCGUCCUUCGUCACUUCAACGCCAAAAACGAAGCCACCCGCGUGAUCAUCUUUGCCCAAUUUCGCGAAACGGUCGACGAAAUCGUCUCUCUUCUCUCCAAACACCACCCAACCAUCCGACCCAUUCCGUUCGUCGGCCAGUCAAAAAAGGGCCUGUCUCAGAAAAAGCAAUCCGAAACCAUGUCCAAAUUCCGGUCCGGAGACUACAACACAAUGGUAUCCACCUCCAUCGGCGAGGAAGGUCUGGACAUCGGCGAGGUCGACCUAAUCGUCUGCUUCGACUCUCAAACCUCCCUGAUUCGCAUGAUUCAAAGAAUAGGCAGAACCGGCAGAAAAAGAAAAGGCAAGUGUAUCAUGCUUCUAACCGAAGGAGAAGAAGACGCCUCCUAUCAAAAACUCUGCGCAAAAAAAAAAACCUUUGAUGCUUCCAAAUUCCAACUCUAUAACCCCCUCUGUCCCGUCCUGCCGUUCGAAACACUGCCCCCUCUCGGAUCCUUCUCCUCCAAAAAAACGAGCCAACCUGUCAAACAACUUGUCGUCCAAGACCCCAUGGCGAUCGACCGUCCAUCCUCCCCCCCUCUCGACAUCCUCCCUAUUCAAACUAAGCCCACCAACACUUCCUCCACCGACCUUUCCGUCGAAUUCCUCCAUUCAGAAAAGGCCCCUCCCGCCUCGCUCGACCUCUCGGAUAACUCUCCCAAGUUCGAACUCGAAGCCACAACUUCGAGUCCCUUCCAACCGUCUCCGCCCCCCAAGCACUGCAACACUCCCCUCCUUGACUCCACGCCUCCAUCCACUCUCGCUGACACCCCCCCCCUUCUGACCUACCCCGACCACUUCUUUUCCAAAAUCCCCUCCCAUCCCGACUCGAGCCCCGAUCCGCCCAACCCCCCUCGAAGAACGCACCCCCACGUCGCGGCCGGCAUAGAUCUCCUGUUCCCGACGCUACCGAGCUGCCACCAGACGGAAUCCGACUCCGCCAUCCACCUAACCAACGACUCUCUCUCCCUGCGCGAACAGGACCACCAGUGGAAACGCCUAAAAAAGAAAGGCUCGAUCAGCUCCUCUUUCUCGGCAGAAAGUAAUCUAAUCCGAGAACUCAUCGACAACGAAGCCGCCUACUCGAGCGAAGACGACCGCGCCAGCUCCUCCCAGGAACCGCCCAAUACCCAAGACAGAGACUUCAUCGUCAACGAGGGCGACCUCGAAGAUUCAACAACCGUAAACAUGCGCGCCAUCUACUCCAGAUCUCUAAGCUCUCAAGUGUCCGUCAGACCUGAAAACUUCUCAACUCCGGAAAAGCUGAAGAGACACUACGCCAAAAUCAGCAGAAUGAUGAACUUUUUCGACCGCACCGGCUUCAAACUCGGUAAACCAAAACCGUAAAUAAUACACGUAACAUGCCCUCCCCCGUACCCGCGCUUUUUUUUUUACCUCACUGCAGGUCGAACGACCUUUUGCUUCUCCCGCCGAACUUUUUUUUCUUUUUAGUUCCCGGCCCCCAAAUCUCAGUCGCGCCUUUCAGUCUUGAAGCGCUCUGUCCCUCAAAAACAGCCAUGCCACACUCAAACGCGUUCGAAAAAGUCAACCGAACAUAUCUCAAGCCGGGGGCGGCCGAGAAGAUCAAGAAGGACUAU